AGAUAACCACGACAUCUGCAUUCACUUACCCCUCGCUCCCCCGUUCUACUCUGCUCUGCGUGAGUGCAUAACGACACAUUAAACCAACCUAGGGUUUGCAUGAUUGUUGACUGGACUAGACUGGUGCACUGCUCUGCACCGCCCGCGCUGCGCUGUAAUGCACGAUACUUCGUUUGCAAGCCCAGCAGCCCCCUCGCCCUUCCACGGCCACGACAAAGACGCCAUCGUCUCCGCCUGGCUCCAAGACCUCGUUGACGCCAUCACAUCGCCGCCUGGUCUCCUGUCUCCGCCACCAUCGCCAACCUCGACCUUCCCCCACAAGCGAAAGGCCGGAUCGCGCUCCUCCUCGUCGACCGCCAAGCCCCAAAACCCCAAGCGCCAGGCCGUGACCGGCGCACCGAUGAUGGAGUCGCAACAAGAUCCCAAGACACCACGAAAGAGCAGACGGCUCGCCGUUGCCAAAGACAUUGCUGGCGGCGGACAUCUUCGCGAUGACACGUCGUCCAGCGCCUCCGACAACGACAACGAAGACGGCAACGACGCUGAAAAUUAUCUCGGCUCGCCCACCCCGACAAGGCUCCAGAGACCGCCGGCGGCUGUCUCAACCGUCACGAUCCCUUCUCACCCGCACACGGCUUCGUCCGCAUAUGCCGCCGCCAUCGAGAGCCGCGCCGCCGCGUCGAUGGCUAACCCCCCAUCGCUUCCCGCCCCCUCCGAGGCGGCCAGCAAGACAAGACUGCGCAGCCCUGUUAGGGGCAUGGCCAACCUCGAGUUCGCUGAUAAGCCCGUCAAGGUGGUAGACCUCGUCGACCCCAGCCAGAUUCCAAACGACGUUUCUUCUCUCUUCCGAGAGAUCAAACGGAUAAAGGCAGGAAGAGGCGUCGUGCCAGAAUCCCUGCGACACGACGUGGAGCAAGAGAUUGCCGUAACCACACCGUUCGAACCGGAGCUCGAGGACCGGAACCUAGACACGACGCCGACAGUGCGAACGCACAACAACCUGCUGUACGAGCUGGCUACCCUGGGCUGGGUGGUACGCGAUACAAGGGAGGCCCUCAACCACCAGCGCUCAGAGGCGCACUGGAACGAGCGCGUCCACUCGCCCAUCUUGGUUGCCGCCGUCGAGAGGGACCGGAACACGCCAGGCCUCGCGGGGGACCUGGGCACCAGGGUCUUCAACUCGACGCAGGCUACCAUUGCGCCGGUGUGCAUACCGCGCCACGCCGAGGGACUGAACCUCGAGGCCAAGAUGGUCGACUACUGCAUCUGCGUCUCGGACCCCUCCGUCCAACGCGCAGCGCGAGAGGCCGUCACCUCCGCGGCCCGCGACGCCAGGCGCCACAGUUCCAGGCGGCCGCCGCCAUCGAGCCGCUCCGCCAGCGUCUCCUCCAGCAUGUCCGCCGCGUCCAGCGCCGCCGGCUCGGCCAGGCAGGUCAAGGACCACCCGCUCCCGCAAUCUGUAAACCACACCGAAUACGCGCCCCUCUGCCUCAGCCCUAUUGCCGUGAGCAUCGAGACUAAGAAGCCCGGUGGCUCCGAAGACGAGGCCAGGGCUCAGCUGUCGGUGUGGGUCUCGGCGCAAAUGGUCCGCCUGCACCAGCUGCUCGGACCUCAACCCGUCGGCAUCACCCUCCCCUUGUUGUGCGUUACCGGCGCGUCGUGGGAGAUGCUGUUCGCUGUCGAGAAAGCCGAUCACCUCGAGAUUCUCCCCUCGUUUCGCUUCGAUGGGGCGACCAGCACACUUCUCGGUUGUUACCAGAUCAUCGGCCUGCUGCGCGCCCUCAGGGAGUGGAGCGAGACGGUGUUCCAGGAGUGGUUCCUCGGAGCAGUCCAGGCCGCAUAAGCGAUGACGGCGUAUAACUAACACCAAUAACAACCAUGGCAACCAGGACGAAAUCCUGCAGAAUGGACUUUCUCGGGCGCGCAGCCCAGAAUUUCCAAGGCCUGCCUCCCGCCGUUUCGGCUACGACACCUUUGUAGCCGUCGUUGCCCCGAUGCAUGAGGAACAGGCGACGUCCCGCACGAGCUCUGUCGUAAAAUGCCAGCAGCCUGUCACGGAGACUGCUUGUCAUGGCUGGCCGGCGGUGGAAAAACCGGCCAACGAUGACAAGCCGGCGAGGAUUUCUGCGUGCCGCCUCCAUCAACUAACUGGCCACAUGCAUCUUCUGACCAUUUCUUCCGACCGCGUACUUUUUCCAAUCACACUUGGUCAAACGAUCAUCACUUCCAUGUUGGAGGAGGUUGCUUUGUCAUUCUGGACACCAGUGGGAAAUGCAUCAUGCAUCAUUAGAGGGACGCUUGGAUUCCUGGUCGAUAUAGUUCCUGCCCCAAGGAUGGCCGCGGCCUGAAGUCGUGACGGGUUUGAAGGGUAGGAAUUGCGACAUGGUGUCUUUGAACCCCAUGGCAGCAAAAUAGCUAUAGGUAUCUAUCCAUAUGAAUGCGCUGGCAGGGGCAAGCGUGACACGGCGUGGUCUGAAGCGGCGGGAAAUUUAUCCCAUCAAGUACCACUUGACGCCAUUUUUGCCAAGGGCGGGGUAGAGCCAAUAAGAAACUGUGAAUCUAUUGAGUUAACCAAUAGGGUUACAGUACCUCUAUUUGUUGGUAACAGGUAUCCGUAUAUACGGUGGGGUGAAGCAACGAAGACUCGUUAUAUUGGUCUACUGAUGAUAUUGCUUAGUGAGUGGAAUAAAUGGGAGGUUAUUGCCACGGCCGUCAGAGGUCGAUAUGUAGCCUUCCGGGCACACGAGUCAUCCGGCCCGCGGCCGGAC